UACUGAUGGACACAUUUCCAUUACAGGAUAUUGCAGCAUGAAGAAGGAGCAAGUUGUCAACUGUCAGUUUUCGGUUUGGUAUCCGAUUUUCAAGAAACAUACGAUUAAAAGUCAGAUUCUCCCACUGCCUCAGAAUGUAAUAGAAUAUUUACUGGACGAUGGCACACUGGUAGUCUCUGGGAGUGACCAUAACACACAGCAGACACACACGAACAACAACGAUUCAGACGCAGAGGAAGACAUUCAGUGGUCAGAUGAUGAGACAACCACCACUGUUACUGCUCCUGAGUUCCCAGAAUUCACCUCUAAAGUGCUAGAGGCCAUAAACGCUCUGGGUGGGCGUGUCUUUCCCAAACUCAACUGGAGCGCUCCGCGGGAUGCUAACUGGAUUGCUCUCAACAGUUCCCUUCAGUGUCACAGCCUCAGUGAUAUAUUUCUGCUCUUCAAAAGUUCAGACUUCAUCACCCACGACCUCACACAGCCAUUCCUCGUGUGUAGUGACCAGGACUCCCCAGAUCCUGUCAUAAACUAUGAGCUGGUCCUGAGAAAGUGGAGCGAGCUGAUUCCUGGUGGAGAGUUUCGCUGCUUCGUCAAAGAAAACAAACUGAUUGCUAUCUCCCAGAGAGACUACACUCAGUAUUACCCGCACGUCCUGAAGCAGCAGGAGCAGAUCUGUCAAGCCAUACAGGAAUUCUUCAGCCAGCACAUACAGUACAACUUCCUGGACGAAGACUUCGUGUUUGAUGUCUACAGAGACAGUCAGGGAAAGGUUUGGCUGAUAGACGUGAAUCCAUUUGGAGAGGUGACAGACUCGCUGCUGUUCAGCUGGGAGGAGCUGACAUCCGGUGGGGACAUCGCUCAGCAGCAGGAAGGUCCGGCGAUUCGUUGCACCACCAGCGAGGUGACAGUGCAGCCGAGUCCCUGUCUGAGCUACAGAAUCCCACGGGACUUUGUCGACCUCUCCACCGGAGAAGACGCCUACAAACUCAUCGACUUUCUCAAACUGACAAAAAGCCAACAGGAAGAUUCUGAAGAAGAAGAGGAGGAGGAAGAGAACGCUCCACAGUCACACAUCUCCUCUGAAACCUGAAGAAUAGCUACUGGUGUCACCAGCCCCUCCACAUAAUGUCCUCUGCAUGAAGUGACUCUUUACCCUCUGUCCCGUUUGAGCUUACUUUUCAUCUCAGCCUUCAUUCUCUCACGCUCGUCUGAGCGGUACACCAUGUACCCGGGGUUUCCUAAAUAGCUCUCUGGUGUUAGUCUAUCAGAACACGUUAAAUUAGCAGAUCAUGCCGAUGGCUCUUUGAGGAGUCAUUUUCUUUUCUUCAGGUUGUUCUUUGCCUCUGACAUUGUUGAGCCCCUGUUGCUGAGCGUAAUUGCUCAGUGAGACGGGAGAGGGAGCGAUUAGCUGUUUAUUUCAGUUUGGAGGGAAUGAUUUGUUGUGUUACUGCAAGGCGAUGUAUUCAGUAAUACUGUAAAGAAUGCCUGCUUUUAUACUUAGAAUAAGUGUGUCAAUUAGUUGAUGUAUCUUUACUGCAGUCCAGUCUGGAUUUAACAGGAGCUAGUCCACACGCGCAUUUCAAUGUACGCAUUUGUGUGUUGUGAGGCUAUGACAGACCUCUCUAUUUAACACUAAAGCUGUUCAUCAUCGAGUCACCUUUAAUUUUUCUUCCCUGCUCCUCCAUCUCUCCCUGCCAAUUUCCUCUGAGCAGUUUUGACACACUCAUUGCUCCGAGCCGCUCUGGGCGCUCUUUUCCAGUCCUGUUUUCCCCCAUCAUGCAUCGCUGUAGACAGUUGCUCCAAAAAACACCAUUAAACUUCUUGUCGUGUAUCGGCUCGGCUGUCAGUCUGGCGGGUGCUGUAAACUAGCACAUUAGAAAUUGAUUGUGCUUUUACGCAACAGCUCUCAUUACGCCAGGAGCUAAAUGAGCUGUGCAUGCACAACGCAGGGCAGUUCAUUUGGGUUUUUUUUUUGUUUUUUUUUUUGCCCCCCCCCCUUCCCUCGCUGAAUUGAUAGAGCAAUUACAGGGAGAUGGAAAGAGCUGGUGUGAUGAGAGUUACAGCUCCCCGGGUGAGAGGCUGUGGACGGGAAACGGUGUACAAGGCACAUAUUGCAGGGAAAUGUUUCACGUUAAUCAUCAUUUUAAAAAUGAAAUCUGGCUGUAAACAACCCAGCCAGACCUGGAGGAGGUGUCCUGCUUUGACCUGCGGUGGUGGAGGAUGAGCUUCAAUGUCUGUACACAAGGUUUUUUUAACCAGUAAAUACAAAGCUCAGCCAAUGACAAACUCCCUGCUGCAAUACACUAAGGCUAAUGUACACAUAAGAGAACAUUAUGCAGCAUAUUUAGUUUUUUUGAAAAGAUGUACAAGCAGUUGCUUUUUUAUUCACCUAGUCAAAACUAAUGUGGUAUAAUACACAGCAAUGCAAUGUGUUACUUCAUAAUGGUAAUUAGGUUCAGUUCUUGUUUAAACUGAUGUUGGAGGUAUUUAUUGUGCUGAGUUUUAUUGACAGAUGUUUCAAUAAACCUUAGUACAAUGCAGUUCUAUUCAUUUUUUAGUUGUUGUGUUAGACUGCAUUAGUUUUAGCUAGGGGACCUAAUAAAAUGCCUACUCAAUCUAU